AGAGAGGGAGUGGAAAAAGACAGCGUGAGAGCUGCUGUGGAUCAGAAAUAAAGUCAGGCAACUAUCCGGAGCAGCAUGACUCUUCUAACACUUGGACUGUAUCUGCCAUUGUGGUUUUGUUAUGGCCUGGCUCAGCCUUCUUUUCUGGACAACUUUGAUUCAUUCCCAGCAGCUCUCAGAUCACCGGAUCAGCAGAAGAGGUUCAACCCAUGCUGUUUAGUGAGUCCGCCUCCACCACCGCUGUUUCCUCCACCCCCUUCACUUUGGCGCCUCUACCCUCAUAGUGAUGGAAAUUCCCGUGGUGGUCGCGAGUCUGAUGUGGACAAUAACAAUAAAGUUUCUUCUUGCCCAGCAGGCCCUCCGGGGCCUCCUGGCCCCCCAGGACCUCAGGGUCCCCCUGGAUUACCUGGGAUAGCAGGGCCUAAAGGAGAAAAGGGAGAAAUAGGAAGACCUGGUCAAAAGGGUCGGACAGGCCCUCCUGGACUUCCUGGGAAAAGAGGACCAACAGGAUGGUCAGGACCAAGUGGGGCCAAAGGGGAGAAAGGUGACCCGGGGCUGAUGGGUUUGCCUGGAUCCAGAGGACCAAUUGGGCCGAGGGGCUUACCUGGGUAUAAAGGGGAAAAGGGUUCCCGAGGUGACCGUGGCGAGAAUGGGAUGAAAGGAGACAAGGGUGCAAUGGGUUUCCCAGGAAUGCUUGGACAAAAAGGUGAAAUGGGUCCAAAAGGAGAACCUGGAACCUCAGGAAACAGAGGACCCACUGGCCGACCGGGGAAGAGAGGCAAGCAGGGACUGAAAGGAGACACAGGAAGCGUUGGUCCUAUAGGGCCAGCAGGCCCGCAGGGACCUCCAGGCCACCCCGGCCCUCCUGGUCCACCUGCAACAGGAGUCUACAUGGUUGGAGCAAAGGGUGCGCGCGGUCCACCAGGGCCUCCUGGAAAGUGUAGCUGCAGCUCUUUGAGUAGUCCUCCAUUUGAAAAUUAUGCCUCUACAGGAAAUUAUCUCAAAGUGCCAGCGAUAUUUGUGGUGAGCAAUGAGGAGGAACUGGAGCGCCUCCGCACAGAUAACGCUCUUGCAUUCCGUAAAGACCAGAGAUCUCUCUAUUUCAAAGACAUUGAUGGCUGGCUGCCAAUCCAGACCUUUCCAUUCCAGAUCACGCCCUACCAGUCCAUGGAAAAUGCCCCCGAUGAUGAAGGUUACUGUGGGGACGGCAUAGUGCAGAUCUCCACCGGGGAGGAGUGUGAUGACAAAAACAGAGUUGUCACCGAUGGCUGCGUCAAGUGUAAACAUGCCUACUGUGGAGACGGAUACCGCUAUGAAGGGGCUGAGGAGUGUGAUGGAAAAGACUUUGGAUACCAGACAUGUAAUUCAUAUCUUCCAGGGUCAUAUGGUCACCUCAAGUGCACAAGAUACUGUACUAUUGACUCAACAAACUGCAAGUACUUUACUUGAGGAGUUGUCUGGACAGUGCUGUGGCUCCUCUGUGUGUUAUUUGCUUGGGACUUAACAUGUAAAAAAAAA